UGCGCUCAUAAGACAAACCCAGGGACGCGCGCGCUCCGGCUUCUGUGCGCAACUUUUCCCCACAACAGGUUCUCACCUCUGGACCGACGGCUCUGGCAUUAUUUUAUUUUUAGUCCACUUUUUCAUCCCGCGUUAUCCGCGUGCAACAUCCUGCAUCUGCCAUCGCCCCGGCAACCAACCGGUCCUCCUCUCCAUCACAUCAGUCCCCCCACCAGCAGCGGCACCACGGGGACCACACACACACACACACACACACACUCAGCUUCUGACAGUCCACCUCCAAGUGGACCGUAGACCGGGGACAGCAGAUCGUCGUGCGUCGUUUUGCUCGUUUGGCUGAUUAUUUGGGACCGGUGAGGUUCAUGUGUCGGGGAGGCGCAGACUUUCAGCUCCAAAAUGCCGGUGAGACGCGGUCAUGUGGCUCUCCAGAACACAUACUUGGACACUAUCAUCAGGAAAUUCGACGAACAAAAUCGCAAGUUUCUGAUCGCCAACGCCCAGAUGAAGAACUGCGGCAUCAUCUACUGCAACGAGGGCUUUUGCCAGAUGUUCGGCUUCACCAGGGCAGAGAUCAUGCAGCAGCCCUGCACCUGCCAGUUCCUGGUGGGGCCCGGCACCAUGAAGAGCGCCCUGUCCCAGCUGGCUCAGGCCCUGCUCGGCUCCGAGGAGCGCAAGGUGGAGAUCCUCUACUACUCUAAGGAAGGGACCUGCCGACCUUGCCGGGUGGAUAUUGUACCCGUCAAAAAUGAGGAGGGACUCGUCAUCAUGUACAUCCUUGACUUCCAGGAGCUGAUCGACCCGUCCAUGAAGAAGUCAGGCCUCAGGCAGAGGGUCUCCCAAGGAUGGCUUUACUGUCAGAACCGCAGGCUGAAGAUGAGGCUGCCGGUGCUUCGCUCCAUCCGCCGACCGUCACUCUCCAAAGAUCAGUUUGAAGGAGUGGUGGUGGAUUACCUCCAGCCCAACAGUGAGGAAGUACCCCUGAAAGAGUUCCGGAUCCCGUCUAAGGAGAGCUGCCUGCUGUCUGAGACGGAGGCCCUGAUAGAGCAGGACCGGGACCCCCCCCCGGCGCCGGCCCAGUGCUCCGCCAAGCGCCGCUCCCUGCUGACGGAGCGGCUGGACCCGGGCGCGGCCUUCCCCCGGGGGGCGCUGCCCCGGAGCUGCUCCCGGGACAGCAUCCGCAGCCUCCGGCGGGCGUCCUCGCUGGACGACAUCGACGGCAUGAGGGCGGAGUGGAGCGUCCAGCCCGGAGACGCCCGCUGCAACAGCAAUCUGAAGCCGAGCGCUCUGAACUCCACGUCAGACUCAGACCUCAUGAGACACAGAACCAUCGGCCGCAUUCCUCAGGUCACGCUCACUUUUGGCUCCGACCGAAUGAGACCUCCGUCACCCACCGAGAUUGAAAUCAUUGCGCCCAGCAAGGUGAAGGACCGAACCCAGAACGUCACUGAGAAGGUUACCCACGUCACACAGGUGUUAUCGCUGGGCGCUGACGUGCUGCCGGAAUAUAAGCUCCAGGCCCCUCGGAUCCACAAAUGGACCAUCCUCCACUACAGCCCCUUCAAAGCAGUCUGGGACUGGGUCAUCCUGCUGCUGGUCAUCUACACCGCCAUCUUCACUCCGUACUCAGCGGCCUUCCUUCUCAACGAGGUGGAGGAGGAGCAGAGGAGGUCCUGCGGCUACACCUGCAACCCGCUCAACGUGGUGGACCUGGUGGUGGACGUGAUGUUCAUCGUGGACAUCCUCAUCAACUUCAGGACCACGUACGUGAACCAGAACGACGAGGUGGUCAGCCACCCGGGACGCAUCGCACAGCACUACUUCAAGGGCUGGUUUCUCAUCGACAUAGUGGCUGCCAUCCCCUUUGAUCUGCUCAUAUUUCGGUCUGGGACACAGGAGACAGAGCCUCAAACUCAAACUACGCUGAUCGGAUUACUGAAGACAGCCAGGCUGCUGAGGUUGGUGCGAGUGGCCCGAAAGUUGGACCGCUACUCUGAGUAUGGAGCGGCUGUCCUUUUCCUCCUCAUGUGCACGUUUGCCCUCAUCGCCCACUGGCUGGCUUGUAUCUGGUAUGCCAUCGGCAACGUGGAGCGCACGGGCUCUGCCCGCAUCGGUGGCAUGAAGAUUGGUUGGCUGGACAACUUGGCUGACCAGAUUGGUAAACAUUACAACGACAGUGACAUAGCCUCAGGGCCCUCCAUCAAGGACAAGUAUGUUACAGCCUUGUACUUCACCUUCAGCAGCCUGACCAGUGUGGGCUUUGGCAACGUGUCGCCCAACACCAACCCAGAAAAGAUCUUCUCCAUCUGUGUCAUGCUUAUCGGCUCUCUGAUGUACGCCAGUAUCUUUGGGAACGUGUCGGCCAUCAUUCAGAGGCUGUACUCGGGCACGGCCCGCUACCACACUCAGAUGCUGCGGGUCAAAGAGUUCAUCCGUUUCCACCAGAUCCCGGGAGGCCUGAAGCAAAGGCUGGAGGAGUACUUCCAGCACGCCUGGUCCUACACCAACGGCAUCGACAUGAACGCUGUUUUAAAAGGUUUCCCUGAGUGCCUGCAAGCUGACAUCUGCCUUCAUCUGAACCGCAGCUUGCUUCAGAACUGCAAAGCUUUUCGAGGUGCCAACAAAGGCUGCCUACGAGCUCUGGCCAUGCGCUUCAAGACCGCCCACGCUCCACCGGGGGACACGCUGGUCCACAGUGGGGACAUUCUCACCGCCAUCUACUUCAUUUCUCGAGGCUCCAUAGAGAUCCUCAGGGAGGACGUGGUGGUGGCCAUUCUGGGAAAGAACGACAUCUUCGGUGAGCCCAUCAGCCUGUACGGGAGGACGGGGAAGUCCAGCUCUGACGUCAGGGCUCUGACCUACUGCGACCUGCACAAGAUCCAGAGGGACGACCUGCUGGAGGUCCUGGACAUGUACCCCGACUUUGCUGACGUUUUCUGGAACAAUCUGGAGAUCACUUUCAACUUAAGAGAUGCAGACAGAAUAAACCCUCCAAGCCCGAGCAGAGACUCUGAAUGCGGCUGCCGCCCGACGAGGCACCGGAGGGGCUCGCUGCGUCGGCGGAACAGGCCCGACGGCACCGAUCGGGAGGACUCUUAUCCGGACCAGUCCUGUCCGAUGGCCAACCACCACCAGGGCAAGGCGGCCGGAUCCCCCUGGGAAGACCUCUGCAGCAGCGCCAGUAUCGGUUCACAGUCCAGUGACGAGGAAGUGAAGCCCGUGCAACACCGAAAGGGGGAGCUUUACCCCCAAGGGGGCGACACCAGGGAGUAUUCGCCCGCAGUGGUCAGCCUUCGGCCUCACAGUGGGCUUCAGGCUGGGAUGGGACAGUCCUUAGAGCUCGGAGGGCCUCCGUACUCAGCGGAUGGAGAAAAACAGAGCAUGACCAUUGGUCCGCCGCCUGUCCCCUGCUCAGCAGCAGCCCCUAUCAGCGUGUCCGGCGUGUAUGGCUACUGGCCAGAGCGCAGGGCCAGCCAGCUCUCAGAGAGCCAGAGGCGGCCUUCCCCCGUCAGGGCCGCGUUCCAGCGCCCUGCCUGUGUGGAGGAGCGGCCCAGGGAGCUGGAGCUGGAGACCCGAAUGACCGCAGAUAUCAACGUCAUCCUCCAGCUCCUCCAGAGGCAGAUGGCCCCGGUCCCUCCCGCCUACAGCGCCUUCUCCCCGGGCCCUCGCCCACUUCACCCGCCUCCCCCCACCACGCUCUUCCGGACAGGAGCCCCCACGAUCCACGCCGUACCCCCGGCCCCGCCAGCACAGAUAGACAGCUCAGUCUCCCUGCUACAGAGUCCAGACUCUGACCCGGGACACAAAUCCAAAGACUCCCUCUCCAGCGGGAUCCAUCUCACCGUGGCAUCAGACGACACCAUGUCCCUGUCGCCGGAGGCCGACCCCCCCCCCCUUCCCCCCGUGGGCCUCGCCCCCCCCCCUCUGCUCCAACGCCCAACAGCCUCCCGGACUGCUCUGUGGAAGCCAGCGCUUCCCCUCCCUCCCCGAGCACCUCGAGAACUCCACAGAAAUGCAGGAGAUCCAAAGGCACGUCUCCGACCCGCUCUUACCGGGCAGCUAGAACAGAGCGGCCCCUCGCAGCCAUUAUGUCCCCCGCACUGAUUCAUUCACCCCCAUCCCCCCCAAAAAAGCCCUUCUCCUGCUCAGUUGCUGCUGUGGAGCGGGGGGCG